AUGCAGCAGCAGCAACAACCGUCCAUCGAUCAGCUGCCCGAGCCCACAUCCUCGACCAGCAACGCGGCAAUAACUAAGCCGACAACUGCAGCAGCAACCACACCGACAACCACAUCGACAGCGACAACGUCCGGCAGCAACUUCCACCAGCAACUGCAAGCAACAACGGCAGCCACCAUGCAGCGCCUGCGAACAACCUUCACGCGAUCCCGCACUCCCACAGGCGCCGAAAUGAAGAUGCAGAACAGCCUGGAGGUGCCCAAGCAGGUGCGCUCAGCCUCCUUCGACGAGAUGCAACUGGAGUCGCAGCGUGCCUCCUCUAGUCUGCUCAAACAGCAGUCCUCAUCCUCGGCUUCGGCAGAUGAACGCUCCUCGGAGGCUGGCUUCUUGCAGGUUCCAUUGGCGGCCCACCAGCAAAGAUCCCAUAGCUUUGACUCGGCCACUGCCUCGGCGGGCAGCGAUGACUCGGGCACGUUUUUGGAGGUGCCCAGGCGGCUAAAGGCUCGGCGCAGCUCGUCCACCAAGACACCGCCGCCUUGCAUCCAUUGUCACUAUCUGGAGGAGUACGAGCGCCGGAUGACCGCCGAGCAGCGUUACUUUAUCGAUCAUCGCGAGCUGACGGCCUUGAGCUACAGCAACACCAGUUCGGAGGCGAGUGAGGAUGAGGACGAAGUGGAGGGCAGCAACAACGCGGAGGAGGAGGAGGAGGGCAGUGCUGCCAUAGAGGAUGCCGAGGAGGAGACCACUGAGGCGGCUACCGAGGAGGCGGAUGAAGAUCCCCGCACCGAGGUGGAGUCCGAGCACGAUCACGAUCCGGAUGACGAUGCUGCACUAGAGAUGGACAUCCGCAUUGGCAACAUGAGCCAAGGCAGCAGCAUCGAGGAGUCGCGCGCCCGCCUGCCGCGCCAAAUGCGGCGCCACACCAUCGGUAGCAGCUCGGUCACCUCGGCCUCCGAGGAUGAGGGCCUGGAGGGUUCGGACAAUGGCUCGCCGCAUUUCGGCAACACCUUGUUGCCGCCCCAGCCGGCAACGCCUUGUGGCAUAACCUUCACGCUGAGUCCAACCAACGGGGACUAUCCAUCACCGCCGCAUCUCCCCUUGGACCCCGGCUCUCCGCCCAUCUCGCCCUGCUCCUCCCAUUCGGGAAGAUUGCCAGCUCUGACCCCGACCAUUUCCACGCCCUGCUCCUCUGCGGAUGCCGAUGAUGCUGGCGCAGCUAUGGGCUUGCCAGUGCGAGCAAGACGUCGCUCGAUUUCGCGACAGGAGGCGAUAUUCGUGGAGCCCACUGGGAACUCACUGGAGAACGUUUCCCACGAGGAGGUGGACAACAGCAACACCAAGUCAUCGGUGGACACGGCCGAUUCACUGGACGAGGCAUCGACUAUGGCUACGUGUGGCUCGCCCGGAGGCGCCGGCAGCAGUGGUGCCUCCUCCAGUCAUCAUAACGCCUUCGUGGUGCGGGACAUUUACCUAAUGGUGCCGGAUUUGAAGCGAGAUCGCGCCGCCUCCGUGGAUUCGUGCUUCUCGAAGCUCUCGUCGAACGCCAAAACGGAGGAGUUGCAACCAAGUGCCGAUGGCUGCUUCCUCACCGUGCCGAAUAUAAACGCAACCCGAUCGCGAUCCGUGGACAUCGUGCUACCAACUGACGAGCAGGCCAGGUACAAGGCCUUGUCCAUGACCGGAUCCACUGUCACCUACGCAGACGGGCGUACCGCUUCGGCCAGCAACUCCCGGAGACCGAUACGGAUUGUGCCCGACUGGACGGAGAAUGCCGUGCAGGGCGAGCACUACUGGAAGCCCACCUCCGCCUCCGGCGAUCUGUGCUGCCUGAAUGAGGAGUGCAUUAAAAGCGGCCAGCGGAUGAAGUGCUCCGCCUGCCAACUGGUGGCGCACCACAACUGCAUUCCGUUCGUCAACGAGAAGAGCACCCUGGCCUGCAAGCCCACCUACCGGGAUGUGGGCAUCCGGCAGUACCGGGAGCAGACCACCACCCACCACCACUGGGUGCACCGCAAGCUGGAGAAGGGCAAGUGCAAGCAGUGCGGCAAGUUCUUUCCUAUGAAGCAGGCGGUGCAAAGCAAGCUAUUUGGGUCGAAGGAGAUUGUGGCUUUGGCCUGUGCGUGGUGCCACGAGAUCUACCACAACAAGGAGGCCUGUUUUAACCAGGCCAAAAUCGGCGAGGAAUGUCGUCUCGGCAACUAUGCGCCCAUCAUUGUGCCGCCGUCGUGGAUUGUGAAGCUGCCGACCAAGGGCAACUUCAAGUCGUCGAUACGCGUGAGCAACAAGAACAAUGCCGCUUCGGGAUCAGGAGCUGGUGGUGCUGGCGGUGGUGGUGCAGGAGGCGGUGGAGGUGGAGGAGGCGGUGGUGGCAAGAGCAAGAAGCAGACGCAGCGGCGGCAGAAGGGCAAGGAGGAGAAGAAGGAGCCGCGAGCGUUCAUUGUGAAGCCCAUUCCAUCGCCGGAGGUAAUCCCGGUCAUUGUGUUUAUUAAUCCCAAAUCGGGCGGCAAUCAGGGCCACAAGCUGCUGGGCAAGUUCCAGCACCUGCUCAAUCCGCGCCAGGUCUUCGAUCUAACCCAAGGUGGCCCCAAAAUGGGCCUGGACAUGUUCCGGAAGGCGCCCAAUCUGCGGGUGCUGGCGUGCGGAGGCGACGGCACCGUCGGCUGGGUGCUAUCCGUCCUGGAUCAAAUCCAGCCGCCGCUCCAGCCAGCUCCGGCGGUCGGUGUCCUGCCCCUGGGCACCGGAAACGAUCUCGCUCGCGCUCUCGGAUGGGGAGGGUCUAUCUUCUUUCAGGGCUACACGGACGAGCCGAUCGGGAAGAUAUUGCGCGAAAUCGGGAUGUCGCAGUGCGUGCUCAUGGAUCGCUGGCGGGUGAAGGUCACGCCCAACGAUGACGUCACCGAUGACCAUGUCGAUCGCAGCAAGCCCAACGUCCCACUGAACGUCAUCAACAACUACUUCUCCUUCGGCGUGGACGCGCACAUCGCCCUGGAAUUCCACGAGGCACGCGAGGCCCAUCCGGAGCGCUUCAACUCGCGCCUGCGCAACAAGAUGUACUACGGCCAGAUGGGCGGCAAGGAUCUGAUCCUGCGCCAGUACCGCAACCUCUCCCAGUGGGUGACGCUCGAGUGCGAUGGCCAGGACUUCACCGGAAAGCUGCGCGACGCCGGCUGCCAUGCCGUGCUCUUCCUCAACAUUCCCAGCUAUGGCGGCGGCACCCAUCCGUGGAACGACUCCUUUGGCGCCUCCAAGCCAUCGAUCGAUGACGGACUGAUGGAGGUGGUGGGCCUGACCACCUACCAGCUGCCCAUGCUGCAGGCGGGCAUGCAUGGCACCUGCAUCUGCCAGUGCCGCAAGGCUAGGAUCAUCACCAAGCGGACCAUUCCCAUGCAGGUGGAUGGCGAGGCCUGUCGCGUGAAGCCGUCGGUCAUCGAGAUCGAGCUGCUCAACAAGGCACUGAUGCUGUCCAAAAGGAAGCACGGACGCGGCGAUGUUCAAGUGAAUCCGCUGGAGAAGAUGCAGCUGCACAUCUUGCGCGUGACCAUGCAACAGUACGAGCAGUACCACUAUGACAAGGAGAUGCUCCGCAAACUGGCCAACAAGCUGGGCCAAAUCGAAAUCGAAUCUCAGUGCGAUCUGGAGCAUGUGCGCAACAUGCUCAACACCAAGUUCGAGGAAUCCAUCUCCUAUCCAAAGGUCUCACAGGAUUGGUGCUUCAUCGACUCCUGCACCGCUGAGCACUACUUCCGGAUCGAUCGUGCCCAGGAGCACCUGCACUACAUCUGCGACAUCGCCAUCGACGAGCUGUACAUCCUGGACCACGAGGCGGCCACCAUGCCGCAGACGCCCGACCAGGAGCGCUCCUUCGCGGCCUUCUCGCAGCGGCAGGCACAGAACGAGAGGCGGCAGAUGGACCAGGCCCAGGGCCGCGGCCCGGGCAGCACCGAUGAGGAUUUGCAAAUUGGCUCCAAGCCCAUAAAAGUGAUGAAGUGGAAGAGCCCUAUACUGGAGCAAACUUCCGAUGCCAUACUACUAGCAGCCCAGAGCGGCGAUCUCAAUAUGUUACGUGCACUACAUGAACAAGGAUACUCACUACAGUCAGUGAACAAGAACGGACAGACGGCGUUGCACUUCGCCUGCAAAUACAACCACAGGGACAUUGUCAAAUACAUCAUCGCGAGCGCCACACGACGCCUCAUCAACAUGGCCGACAAGGAGCUUGGACAGACGGCGCUUCACAUUGCCGCCGAGCAGAAUCGCCGCGACAUCUGCGUGAUGCUGGUGGCCGCCGGCGCCCAUUUGGACACCCUAGACUCCGGCGGAAAUACGCCCAUGAUGGUGGCCUUCAACAAGAACGCCAACGAGAUAGCCACCUAUUUGGAAAGUAAGCAGGGGACACAGCCCGUCGACGGCUGGCUCGACGACUAGACGAAUCGAAUCGAUCCGAUCCCCCCCUCCAAGUAGAGCAAUCGCUAGACAAGCUUACAGCAUCAGACAUUUAAAUGAAAACCCGAUAAUCGAUAAUCACAGUACCAGAGAAUAUCAGUAAAACAGUAAUCGCAAAAUCAAGAACGUAAUUUUAACAUUGCAAAUUUCUCCUUUCUAUGCCAACCAAACAAAACGAAAAAACAAACUACUACUACUACUACUACCACAAUGGAUAAUGUCUUGUAAAUAACCGAAUCGAAUCGAACGAAACCGAAUUCGUUUCAAAUCAAAAUCAAAUGAACAUUCCACAAAACUCAAACGCGAUGCCGCUUAGGUCAAGAGCGUUUCAUGCAUCUGGAGAAGCAGACCCGGAUCUAAGUGGAGCAUCCAGCGGAAGCAUUCACCCUACGAAAUAAUGUUAAUGCAUAAUGAUAAUGGCUUUUUUUGGCAACCUUUUUUUUUGUGUUAGCAUGUACGAGAGAAAAUCUAAUUUAAACUAAGCAAAGAAAAUACAUACACAGGCAAAGAACACUCGACACAUUUAGCGCGUAAGUUGGAGAGAUCAGAUGGUAUGGAAUACAUUAAUUUAUUGUAAUGAGAAGCUAGCAAAACGAUAGGCAACAUUUGUCCGAAAUUUCAAUUUUUAAUUACCUUUCGAUGGAACGAACAAAGAAAAAUAUAUAUACAUAUAUUUAGUGCAGCGAAUGCAAGCGGAAAUUCGAAAUUCAUUUGUUUCUCUUACCGAUUGAUUAACGAUAAAUGAUUAUAUUGUGAUAUCUAAAUUAAUUAACGUAUUGGACUAGAGAGCGAGGACGAGAACGAGAGCAAAUAGAAAUUGAGAUUAGCAAAGGGCAUUUGCUGAAAUACUAACUGAAGCAAAAAGUUAAAAAAGGACAAAAAAUAAAAACCAACAAGCAAAAACACACACACACAGAGACACACUAAGCAAAUAUGUAGUCUAUAUAUUAUAUAUAUUUAAUUAAAUGUACUUCUUUUGGAAUUCAAACUAGGCUAAGUGAAAACUUGAAUACUCUUGUCUAAAGAAAAACGAAUGAAAACGGCAGAGCAGCAGCACGAUUAGAAGAGAGACGCACUAGACCCCAAGCGGCUAUAGCUCUCUCGCUCAGACAGAGGCACACACACACACAAACACGCAGACACACACACACACACACUCAGUCCCGAUGCACAGACUAGAAUGCACAACCCCCAUAGAUAUACCACCCACUUGACCUUCACCCCAAAGCAAACAAACCCUCAGCGUUUCAAACCGAAAGACUUGGGCCGAUCAAAGGCGUCCACCCCCCAAAAACAAGGUAACCUGCCCCGGAAAAAAGAGGAAAAAACAAAAAAUAAUAGAUUUUAAGGCGGGGCAGGCGGCCACAAAGACUAUCUUAACUAUCCUAUAUACUAUAUUCCGAAGUCCUUAACUUUAAACCCUUGUAACACAAAGCAACAAUAGAACAAUGAACACGAGCACUUGUGGCGUACGUAAUACGAAUCACACCUAGUGUAAGCGCAUGCAUAUAUUUUAUCAGAUAAAGAGUAACUAUGGAAUAAUGGAAUACCACAAUAUUAUAUAGCCGUUAAUCAAACCAUAUACAUAUGUAUGCUAUGUACAGUAGAGGGAAUUUCUAUUUUUUCUAUUCAUUUAUCUGUUUUCUAUUUUCUUUUGCUCAGAUUCCAAAUUUUGAAAAAAUUUUAAUCACAGCGUCGAGUCAAUUACGUUUACCGCGAUUCCCCUAAAACACACAUUUUUACGGCUUAGCUAAACCUAACGAUUAUAGCGAUAAAUGAUAACGAUGAAUGAUAAAUCUCACUAUCGAUUAAUAAGGCACCCAGGAGCGAUUAAGUAUCGAUCACCUUUACGAGUUUGGGCCGAAUGCAGCCCUGUCCCCCCCGUCCGUCCAAUCGCAAUUGCGGCUCAGUUCCUGGAAAACCAUGGCUCUGGCUUUCGGAUCUUCGUAGUCGGUUUGGAUCCAUCGGGGGCCAUCGCCUGCAUUCCACCCAACCCGCCCCCUGAGCCACUUCCGGUCACGGAGGCGCGCUUCCGGCGUGGGUAAUCAUGUUUUGGAUUGCACACACUAGCAAAAAUUACUGUUAACUACACAGGACACUCCCCACACACACACACAUCGUAGACUGUCGCAGUCGGUGUCGAAGUGUCGCAACCACGAUUUUCGAUUCGGGCAUUGCGGGAUCUCGGGCAUGCUGCCUUUACGCCCCAUAAGACGUGCCACCCAUUGGGCAACCGGAAUCCAAAAUCGUAACACCAAUCCACACCGCCUGCGGCAACUAAUGAGUUCUU